CAGACUUGUCUCGAACAACAUCUUUAAAUGAUCAUCAAAUAAUCUGCAUAUGUACAUAUACUGCAACAUCUUUUGAAGAUUGAGUUCUCAAAAAUGGACUACAGCUAUGGGCAACCCAUGGAUAACGUCGAUGCAUCAACUCUGUUGUCAUACCAAAUCACAACAUUCAAUAUAGUAAUGACUUUAUUUUCGUCAUUAAUGCGGUUCACCACAAUUAUUCUUAACUGGAGCCUGGCAUAUGAUUACUGGAUAUCUGAAUCAUAUGCUUAUUGUUAUUGGACAAUUUUAUCAAUAAUAAUACCCAUGACAUUGACGUCGCUGAUAUACUCAAACAUACUAAUUGUAAGCAACUUGGGUAAAAAAUCUAUAAUCUUUUCGGACCACUUACGGAAACUUGUUCUCUCAUAUUUGUUUCGAGAUACACGUACUCUGAAUUGGACAUUGAAAUAUAAGCAAGCAAAAAAUCGCGGGGACAAGGUCACUGAGAUUGAAUGUUAUCACAGCUUUUUAAAGGAAGAGUGUAACGUUGGCUUUAUUCGACUCUUUGAUUCGUUCUUAGAAACUGCUCCCCAAAAAAUAUUGCAAUUAGCAAUUGUAUUGGGAAAUAUCAAAAGUCUAACGUAUUUGCGUGCGCUGACUUUUUCAAUAUAUUUCCUAAGUAUUGCAUGGUGCUUAGUGGCUUAUAACCGAUCUAAUCGCUUGGCCCAGUUAGAUAAAUACGAUAUUGGAACGAAGGGACUAAUCGUACAAUUUUGGUUUCUUUUAUGCUUAUCUGCUUCACGUACCUUAUGCCUUGCAUUUAUGGCCAGUACACUGCCAAAGGAAACUUGUAUAGCCUGUAUACUACAAAUAAUUCUAAGCGCUACUUUAGUUUUUAUUGUGGACACACCAAAGUUUGCAAAAUCUGUCGCAUUAAAUUAUAUAUUGUGCUUUGCAUUUGGAGUAGUGUAUCUAUUUAUUUAUACACCUGUUAAAGAUGCCCCCACAAAGUAUAAAUAUUUAUGUUAUUUAACGUUUUGUUUAUUGCAAAAUAUUGUAGUUUGUAUAGUUUAUGUACCAUUAUAUCUGGCCAUUGCAAUUAAUGUAUUAUACAUAAUCGGAAUUGUCCUUAUUAUCUAUUAUUAUUUAGAAUGCCAUCCAGGAAUUACAUCAAGCGUAUUUUGAUAAGAACUUAAGCAAUAGAUAAAACGAAAGUGUAAGACAAUAAUAAAUGAAUUCAUUAACAUGACUGAA